UCGAUCAUCAAUACUUCCGGUGCCGACACGCUUUCUUUGGUGAUUUCUGAUUUCAUGCGUCUUGUUUUGUUGACAGUGCGAUGGAUUAUAAAAGAAAGCUCACAGAUGGGGCCUUAGUGCCGAGUAAAAAGCCAAGAACCGACAUGGUGGUCGAUUUAAUAAGUCAAGAGAAUGCCCUGUUGCAAACCGGCCCACCAAGACUUUCUAACCUUGAAGCCCCCAUCAUGUUACUGACGGGCCAUGAAGGUGACAUAUUCACUACUAAAUUUUCUCCUGAUGGACAACUUCUUGCCUCCUCUGGAUUUGACAGGCUGAUUUAUUUUUGGCUUGUGUAUGGAGAAUGUGAAAAUAUUGCAGUCCUGAAAGGCCACACCGGGGCUGUGAUGGAGCUUCAGUUUUCCACCGAUGGAAACACAGUGUUUACGGCCGCCACAGACAAAACUGUUGCAUUAUGGGACGUAGAGGUUGGUGAGCGCAUCAAGAAGUUGAAAGGUCACCAGAGUUUUGUGAAUUCAGUAAACGUGGCCAGACGAGGUCCACAGCUAAUCUGUAGUGGAAGUGACGACGGUACAAUAAAGUUGUGGGACUCGAGGAAGCGCGGUGUAAUACAGACGUUUCAGAGUACGUACCAGGUUACAGCAUGUACCUUCAACGACACAGCCGAACAAAUCCUCUCCGGGGGAAUCGACAAUGACAUCAAGGUUUGGGACCUUAGGAAGAAUGACAUGCUGUACCGACUGCGAGGACAUGCCGACACAGUGACAGGGAUGGAGCUGAGUCCUGACGGAUCCUAUCUCCUCUCCAACUCCAUGGACAACACAGUGAGAGUGUGGGACAUCAGACCGUUCGCGCCACAGGAGCGAUGUGUGAAAAUAUUACAGGGACAUCAACAUACAUUUGAAAAGAAUCUCUUGAAAUGUGCUUGGGCUCCGGAUGGAAGCAAGGUGUCGGCUGGGUCAGGUGACCGUUACGUUUACGUAUGGGACACGACCACACGUCGGAUCCUCUACAAGCUGCCUGGUCACGCUGGGUCAGUGAACGACGUGGAUUUCCACCCAACAGAACCAAUCAUUGCUUCCUGUUCGAGUGACAAGAAGAUAUUCCUAGGAGAGAUAGAAUGAUACAACUUUGUAAUGUUAGUGUGGAAGUGUGUGUAAAACAUAAACUAGUGUCGAGGAUGUGUGUCAACAUUUACUGAUGUCGAGGACAUGUGUCAACAUUUACCGAUGUAGACGACAUGUGUCAACAUUUACCGAUGUCAAGGACAUUUGUCAUCGUUUAUUGAUUUCAAGGACAUUUGUCAAUCAUUAACUGAAUCAGAUACAGAAGAGAAAAUAUUGAAAACAAGUCUGGGAUAUCACAGUACAUUGUCUCAGCAUGACUUCUGGAUAAAGUGGUAUUCUGUAUAACACGAAAUGUUUGUUUUGUAUAAACAUUCGUGGUUUUCGUGGUUUCUAUUGAACCACAAAUAUGUGUCUACUGUUUGUUAACAUAGGAUAUCUACGAAAGUUUGUACCACAAAGCCAUCUUAAAGGCUUCAAACCACGAAGGAAAGUACCCACGAACAUGUCGUGUUAUAUUGUACAUAACAAGUUUGGGACAUCGCUGUAUUAUCACAACACAGUUUACCACAUACUGGACAGAUCUUCCCUUUCUUUUGAUUGGAGAUUUAAACUGAUGUGGUGUCCCUGAAGUGCAGUGUGACACACUGAAUGCUGUUUUUCAAAGAAAUAUUCAUUAAAGUGAUUCAGGGAGACUAAUCAAUCACCUCUCAUCUGUAAUGUCACAGUACCCAAAUCGGGACACUUCUUAGUGAAAAAUUGAUGUAUUUCAUAAUAUAGUACCGAUCCCAGUAAUAUGAGUUCACUUUUCCUAAAUAGAUAUCAUUAUCUUUUCACUUUGAUUACAAAUUGAUAUAUCCGGCGCAUGGUUCUAUAAAUAUAACCGGAAAUAUAGUCAUGGUUAUGUAAUCGCAAAACAGGUGUAGCUGUACCCAAAUCAGGACACCCCUACCGGUUUUGGCUUAUAUUUGGAAAUGAAAAAAGUAUUUAGCAGAACAUGGCAUAUCUUUGGAAUAUUUAAGGAUUAACUUGAAUAUGUUUCAUGUUAUGGAGCUAUAACACAAAAAAACGGAGUGUACUCUAAAUAAAACGCGAAGCGGUUUAUGAUGAGAGUACACUCCGUUUUUUUGUGUUAUAGCUCCAUAACAUGGAAAAUAUCAGACCUCGAUCAACAGUGUUUCCAUAGCAUGAAAAAUAUAUUCAAGUUAAUCCUUAUAAUUUAAUCUACUUUACACAAUCCCUGUUGAAAUCCACUUUUAUUGAUGGACUCUUUUCUCUUAGAAAUUAUUGCGCUGACGUAUCGUUAUAAACAGUGUCGUCAUUUUUUUACGUUAUGGGCUGAUAACAUAAAUUUGUAAGUCAAUGAAAAUGCUUGUUACAAGCAAGAUUAAAUUAUACAUGUAUCAGAGUCAAGGGUCAUUUUGAAAGAAUUCAUUUUCCAAACCACCAAAAUAGUAGAAUUGUGAAAAACCACAUACAAAAAUUGAAAAUCAAUAACGUCGCAUGGCACAUCAAUUUAGAACGUUACAUUUUCGUCAUUAUUUACAAACUAAAACUGAUUGUAACCAUAAGUGGCAGUAAAUAAAGUUCAUAUAAAGUUUCAUUGGUAUAUCAGCAUCUUUAAAUCAAUAUUUUCAAUUUAAAAAUACUUCUUUGCACAGCAUAUAAAUUUCUAGAUACUUUUUCUUCAAGUGCCCUGAUUUGGGUACUGUGACAUUAGCAUUGUUUGGUGUCCAUAUAUCAUCAUAGCUUCCUAACACAUAACCUACCAUCAGGUUUAGAACACAGGGGUGAUAGAUUGUAAUCUUACCAUCAGGUUUAGAACACAGGGCUGAUAGAUUGUAUACGUUUUGGGAAUCUCAGACAUGUUGGUACACCUACAUAAAGCAAGUCUGGGACCUCAGAACCUAAUGACCAGGGACUGAUGUUAUUCAACAUAAAUGUUCUGUCACCAAAGGAGUACGCAAUCCAUCCCGUUACAUUACGAAAAUUAAAAUGUGUACCAGGUUUCAUUUAGCUAUAUAUUUUACUCAUUUUGCUAUCAAAUUCACCAUCAGUGCUAUUCCAGAAUUAGUUGUAUGUGUGUGUGUGUGUGUGUGAGUUUGUGGAGGUGUGAAUGGGCAGUAGCUUGAGGAUAUUUUUAGGAACAUUCCUAUAUUUGGUAAUCCUCAAUAUCUAUUUUAUGUUUCAUGGAUCUUGUACAAUCAAUUCUGGAACAGCUCUCAUCACUUGUAAAUAUUGUUAAUAAAUGAAUCUGUACAAACUAU